GGGACCAGCUUGAGCGACUUUAGUGGCGACACCGUGAAGUAGCUACUGUUGUAUUAUCGAGGGGAGAUCCCUACUCAGACAGCCGUUAAUUUGUUUGUUUUCUAGUUUGCUUUGACCACUCAAAUUUACUUCGAGCAAUUCUGUUUUACGGUGAAUGAGGAUCAACAACAGGGAGUAACUACUGUAGCAAGCUAGCUUUGGGUUUGUGGGUUGGUUGGUUGUCAGCGAGAGGUUUACACGUUGGUUUGUUCGAUCACAGUGCAAGAGAACCGAACGCGAACGUAAUAACAGUCGACAUUUUUGUAGAUGUGAGGAAACGUGUGAACAAUCAAAAGGUUUCUCAGGGGUUGGUUGUGGCGGAAUUAGAUAACUACCUUUGUUCUCUAAAAAGGUCUAGAUAGGUUUUUGUUUAUACAGAUCGUCGCGGACUAUGGCUCAUGGACAUCAUGUAGCCAGUUCCCAAAAAGCACUCAUGUUAGAGAUGAAAAGUCUUCAAGAUGAGCCAGUUGAAGGGUUCAGGAUAACUUUAGUGGACGAGUCGGACUUGUACAACUGGGAAGUUGCAAUAUUUGGACCCCCAAAUACUCACUACGAGGGAGGUUAUUUUAAGGCUCAGAUCAAGUUCCCCAUUGACUAUCCCUACUCUCCUCCGGCCUUCCGCUUCCUCACCAAGAUGUGGCACCCCAACAUCUACGAGAACGGGGACGUGUGUAUCUCCAUCCUGCACCCCCCAGUGGACGACCCCCAGAGCGGAGAGCUGCCCUCUGAGAGAUGGAACCCUACACAGAAUGUCAGGACGAUCCUUCUGAGUGUCAUCUCUCUGCUCAACGAGCCUAACACAUCCUCCCCGGCCAAUGUGGACGCCUCCGUCAUGUACCGCAAGUGGAGGGACAGCAAGGGCAAGGACAGAGAGUUCACAGAGAUUAUCAGGAAACAGGUCCACGCCACCAAAGCGGAUGCUGAGCGGGACGGUGUGAAGGUGCCAACCACCCUGGCAGAGUACUGCGUCCGGACCCGUGCCCCACCCCCAGACGAGGGCUCCAACCUCUUCUACGAUGAUUACUAUGACGAUGAGGACUUGGAGGACGAAGACGAGGAAGAUGGCGAGGACUGCUGCUACGACGAAGAUGACUCGGGAACCGAGGAUUCCUGACGACCCGCCUCCCCAUCCCUUCCUCACCCCCUGUCACCACACCCCCCUUAAACUGAACUCAUACUCCACCCUUCGUGUAUACACCCUUACAGAUCCCCCCCACAGCAGUGCAGCCACACCUGCACGUUAAACUCAGAUGCGUUUAAAAGCUACGGAGUUAGUUUGUCCAUUUGUUUCUGGUGUUUUUAUUUUUCUGUUGGUCAGUGGAGUGUUAGAGAUAAUGUUAGACCUACAUAUUAUUCACAUGGUUUGCUCUUAAUGGCGAAGACACUCAAUUCUCAAUUACCACUUGCUUUUGAAAGUUUUGAGUAAGGCCUCUGUCUCCCGUAGAGUGUCUGUACCCAGACAGAGGCAGGCAGGCCUGAGCUAGUGAUGGUCAUCUUAGCUGUGUGACCUCUCACCUGGUUGACAGCCGUGUGAAGCCAGCCUCCCUGGCACACAAGGCUAGCUGAGGCUAGGGGACCCUGACAUUUCACUCUUGGGGACCCUGACAUUUCACCUGUCUGCCUCAGGUCAACUUAGCUCAAAAGCCAAGUCUUACUGAAUGAAUUGAUGGCCUGUAAUGAUGAGAUGGGUGUAUUGCAGAUGGUUGCUGUUAUGAUACUGAUUGAUGUACUCUUUCGGAGACCGUUGCACCCUUUCAUACACAUUUGUUACGGUAUGUUAAGUGGCAGUGGUCUGAGCUCGGCGUCUUUACCCAUAGCCUGAACAACCGAGUUAAACACACAGCUCCUAACGCUUCUCACCACCACAUGCUUUUUCACAAGUCCAACACCACGUGCUUUCAUCUCAUGUAAUUCCUCACCAGCCACCUCAACUGCUCAUUUAAAGAUGGGAGUGAGGGAUAGUGUCUCAAUGUGUGUCUAUAUGGGUGUUUUGGUGGUUGUUCGUUAUUUUAUUCAAAUGUAGUGCAGGGAAUGCUUUGCAGAGAGAAGUGAGUUAUAGACACCUCCCUCUGGCAAGUCUGUGCAACAGUGAUGGCCUCGCACAGCAGCCAUCUUGAAUUAGCUGAUUUGUUUAGAUUACAUCCUCAGUCAGUCACUUCCCCAAACAUUUCACAUGACUAGAAGUGCUCGUAAAACGAGUAGCUCCAUCACAGGAUUUUACACACGGACUAAAUACAAACUAUUGAACAUUAUUCACACCACCCCACAUUUCUGUUUCAGUAGUGUGUAAAUGUUCAUUCGUUGUUACAACAUGACUAUUUGAUGCUAAGUUUUAGAGAUGAAAAGUGCAUUUCCCAGCUGAUGCUAGGGAUGUGGAUAGGGAGGUCAGUAGUAUAUUUUAGGGACAGGUCAAACAGCCAACCCACUAGCAUGUUGGGUGGUAUCAGGCUCGGCAUAGUGCGGUUGGGAAACACUGUGAUGAUUGAGAAUGGGCCGAGGGCUCCCCUUUUGGUUCUUUUGAUGUAGUCUUUUACUUCAGACUUAAGGUGUUAGCAACUAUAUAUUUUCCCCUUACAUGUACCAAGUGCAAUGAUUCUCAGCCUUUUUGUUUUAAACACCAUGUCAUGGGGGUUAUUCAUUGGACUUAUCAGUACAUUUACCACCCGUUUGUUUUCGAUACAGAAACAGUCAGGUAUUCUAUGUUUUCCAAUAGAGAAAAACAGGUGAUUACUGAACACUCAUACUUUUUAUGUUGUGUUAACAUCUUGAGUAUGAAGUAUGUACACAUCAAUCCAAUCAUCAUGAAUUCAUAGAACUGUUUUACAUUCACCAUAUACAGAUGUUAAGUUAUGUGAAUAACGCCUAUUUUGUUUUACUGUAAUGUUUGGGGCAAUUGGAAUUUUGUGAAGCUGCUGAUUUUUAUCAUGUAAUUUCCCUCCCAAUGUCCUACCUUCCCAUCUAUAGACAUUUUCUUGGUGGCAGCAUCAGCAAGGGACCCCCGGCUGUUACCAAAAUUCCUCAGGAAAACAAAACCACCAACUUUUUCAGAGUGAAUCUGACCGUGUGUGUGUGUGUGUGGACAACUGUUCUCCUCAACGCUGGUCCCCUAAACCUAUCACCUCUGCUUCAAAGACUGUUUAUAAUCUUUACCUUGAUAUUAAUAUGCACAUGUGGAGAUUUCAAUGAUAAUUUGAUGUAUUUUUGUUCUUAUUUGUAUUUUCUUUUCUAAUGUUUUGUACAUCUAUUUAAAACCUAAAUAAAGAUCUUUAUUAGAGUGUUGAGAUGUUUCUUAGACCAGGAGUGAAUGAAUGUAUUCUAACAGAUGAGAACUUAGUUAUCCAUCCUUUUUAUGGUCUAUUAAUAUAUUUUGAUUGACUAACAAUAAUUUGAAUAAGAUUCUGAACUGUAUUAUUUAUUCAUCCCUAUUUUCCCUUAGACACUGUGGGAAUUUAUGACUCAGGGAUAACUCUUGAGGUAAGACUGUUAUUCCUCUACUCACUCUUAUCCUGAGUGUUGAAUGAAGCCACUGGCUCAGUUAUGGACCCCUUGUGAUGUCAGAGGUCAGGUGACCCCAGAGUGGAUGAGGAAAGCGGAGAUCUGUACCAUGCAGUCACCUUUAGAGUUGGAGAUGUGGCAACUGUUAAUAAAUUAUUAAGAACA